CGCUGGGCAGAUUUGGCAUAAACCACAUUACAGGAAGAAAAUGACCCACUGGUUCCAUCGCAACCCUCUGAAGGCUACAGCUCCCGUUUCAUUUAAUUAUUAUGGGGUAGCCACCACUCCAGCUGCAACAAAAGUUUGCAAUGACUUGAGGUUAUCUCGAACACGGCUCUUGGAGCUGUUUACAGACUCAAGUUGUAAUCCAGAAAUGAUGAAGAAUGCAGCUGACUUGUACUUCUCACUCCUGCAAGGUUUUAUCCUUUCACUGGAUGACUCUUCCCAAGAGUGCAAGUUGAGAUACAUUCAGAAUUUCAAGUGGACAGACACGUUACAAGGACAAGUCCCGAGUGCCCAGCAGGAUGCAGUGUUUGAACUGAUUUCCAUGGGAUUUAAUGUAGCUCUAUGGUACACAAAAUAUGCAUCAAGACUCGCUGGAAAAGAAGAUAUAACAGAAGAUGAAGCAAAAGAUGUUCAUCGCAGCCUGAAGAUAGCAGCUGGGAUUUUUAAACACCUGAAGGAAAAUCACAUUCCAAAAUUGAUUACACCUGUGGAAAAGGGAAGAGAUUUAGAAGCUCGACUUAUAGACUCCUACAUAGUACAGUGUCAAGCUGAAGCUCAAGAAGUGACAAUUGCUCGGGCUAUUGAGCUGAAACACAAUCCAGGCCUAAUAGCUGCUCUUGCUUAUGAAACAGCCAACUUCUACCAAAAAGCUGAUCAAACAUUAUCCAGUUUGGAUCCAACCUAUGCAGGUAAAUGGAGGAAGUACUUAAACUUGAAGAGCUGUUUCUAUAUGGCCUACGCAUACUGUUACCAUGGCCAGACUUUGCUGGCAAGUGAUAAAUGUGGGGAAGCAAUCAGAUCUCUGCAGGAAUCAGAAAAAUUUUUUGCCAAAGCUGAAGCAUUGUGCAAAGAAUAUGGAGAAACCAAAGGGCCUGGGACUACUGCCAAACCUUCCGGACAUCUUUUCUUUAGGAAAUUAGGAAGUUUGAUUAAAAGCACACUAGAAAAAUGCCAGAGAGAGAAUGGAUUUAUCUAUUUCCAGAAGGUGCCAGCGGAGGCUCCCCAGCUGGAAUUGAAAGCAAACUAUGGCUUAGUAGAGCCUGUUCCUUUCGAGCUUCCUGCCUUGAAUGCACACUGGACUUCUGAAACAGUUGCAGCAUUUGAUCUCACCAAGAGGCCAAAGGAUGACACGGCUAAACCAAAACCAGAUGAAGAAGUAAAACCUCUGAAGGAACCAGAUAUAAAGCCUCAAAAAGACAGUGGAUGCCAGAUUUCUUAAGUGCCAUAAGUGCUUUGAAGUCACUUUGAAACUCCUAUUCAUAGAACUCUGGGGCUUUAGUUCUGAUCUUUUAUUGAUUCUCCUUUUUACAUUUAGAAGGCUAAUUUAAUUUACCUUUGUUAAUAUCUUGCUUAAGAAUGUGGUGGAUUUAUAGGAGGUUAUUUAUAUCUGAUUUAUUUUUGAUUUUAGUGGGAUAUCAUAGAAUGAGUGGGCUUAAAUGUUCCUAUUGUGCCUCUAAGGAGUUUCUUUUUGUGGGUUUAGUUUUACCCACAAAUAGCAAAGGAAGUAUCAUGAUUGUAAUGCUUGAGGAUUUUUCCAUUACUUUAUAUGCUGUGUCAUGUCCAAUUCUGCAAACAGAAGUUUGCACGAACAGUUAUAUUUAUUCAAGUUUUGUCAUUCAGGCUUAGCACCCUGUCAUGUUCCAAUUCACCUAAUUGUAGUGAGGGAAGAAAAUCUGGGUUUGGUUUGUAACACUCCUAUGGUAUUUCACAGGACUUGCACAGAACUUGGGGAAACCUCAAGUUCUUUAUAACAGGAGCACAGUUUAUGUUCUGAAACUAUUAACCUCUGUUCUUUCCUCUGUAGAUUAGGGUUUUUAUAUCAGAAUUUGUAGUAAGGUACCAUAUCUUUGUCUGUCCUUUAAUCCAAAUCCUUUAAUAUCAAAGUGUAUCUGAAAGUGAUGCAGCAAGCAGUUUGGAAAUGCUUAAAAGCAAAGCAUCCCUGUGCCAUUCAUUCAGAGUUUUUGAAUCUUCAAAGCUUUGUUAAGUUUGAAAGCUGCAGACAGUUCAAAUCUCUUGACACUGGAAUUCCCACAGCUGUCUUGCUAAGGUAAUGGAUUUAGAAUGAAGUUGCUGUGUUUCCAUCUGGGUGGUGUCUAUAAGAAGCUGUCAGGAGAACAGGGAGGAAAGAUGAACUGAAGAGCUGAUGGCACAGCUGGGAAGCCAAGCUCUAGAUUUCCUUUAUGCCCUGUGUAAGCAGUGCUGCUUCUCAGCUUUUGCAGUAUUGCACUGAAAUCAGCUCUUUCAGAAGAAAACUUGCCAGAAGCCAAGCCCAGUCAAGGCUAAGAAAGAAAGGAUUUUGCAGAAUUUGCUGCUUCCAUUUCUGCCUACUGUGGAAAAUGUGACAGCAUUCUUUAGUGCUGAGCACUGCAAAACACCGUGACAACAAAAACAUCUUUCUGAUUUGCUGCAAGUGCAAAGGCUGAUGAUGCAUGUGUUGAAGUGAGAUCCUUGCAAUCCCUGGGUACCAGUUGCUGCACUUCUCUUUGCCUGAGAAAGAAACAGAGCAGCCUGACAGUGUUCACCCUUCCAGCAAACACGAUGGCAAAUGCAUUUGCCAUGAUGUAAACUGUAUCACAUUCUUCACUUUUUACUCUUUGUUCACCUUCCACUGUGCUGUAAUUCGGUGCUUCUAAAAUCUUUCAUGGGGCUUGGAGUCACUUUGCUUAGAGAGCAGGUGUGUAACUCCCUGAAGGCCCGUGGAACAAAAGCUGCUGAUGAGGUUAAUAGGGAACUCAAGACUCUUCCUGAGAUACUGGACCAAAUUACAAAAUUUGUUGAUACAAAAGGCAAAGAGACUUUUAAUGCUGGCUGUUGUGUGUUGAUCAAAUGCAGACCUCCUUGCUUCCCGUGAUGGAUUUUUCUUUCUGUCAGUUCUGCACAUAAAAAUAAGCGUAAAGUGAGCUGAAUUUCUUUGGAAGAAGUUUCUGUUCUGCAGGGGCCUAGAGGAUAAUGAGUAUCAAGAAGAAUAUAUACCUGAAAUGGCUCCAUUUCUUCUGGUGCUGCACAGGGACCUGUGGUAUGUUUCAUGAAGAGUUACUCAAAUCUGUUCCUAACUUGAUGAGAUGACUCAGACUUCUUGCAUUGUUAAAAGACCAACUUAGGUUUUGCCAGGGUGGAGUGUGGAGUUAGUUUUCUUAUAUAGAUUUUAAUUCUAAAAAUGUAUUUCAGCUGUAGUCAACAGCAUUUGCUCAGCCUGCCCCCUUUAAGGAUCAAGAUGCACUGAGUUAACUCAGUUUCAUAUUCACGAUUUUUUUAGCUACUCACUGUUUUUCAGAAUUCUUUGUCAAUACACAUCUCAACUGAAUUAGUUUUCUUUAUCUGUAAACUAGAUCCCAUUUUCCCUCCUCCCCUCAUUUUCCCUUCCAUCUGCUACAAACUGUGGCACAGACAUACCCUUAUUUCCUAAUGCACAUGUUGGUCCUGGGAUUCAUUACCCAUGCAGCUCCUACUCAUGGGUGGGUUCCAGUAGAGGAAUAUCUUAAAAUCAAAUUAACAAAUCAUGACUAAAUCGUUCCCAAACAUCUUGGUAGGAAAGAUUAUUUUAUGGACUUGGAAUUCUUUGGACGCUUUCUCAAACCGAGUGGUUUUUCUGAAUCAAGUUCACUGUAAAUAAUUUGGGACAUAACCAAGUGAAUUGUGUCAGAUGAUGACAUUACUUAAGCCUAGCAGUGUAACCUCUUACGCCAUAGCUGUUUCAGUAAAUAUGAUGUAGUAGUUUAAAAAUAGACUAAUGGAACAAACUAAUUUCACUUAACAUGUGUUGCUUUUCAAGACAAACUUUGUUUACUUGUAGCUAAAAUCCGGUGGCAAACAUUGGAUGGUUUUGCCGAAAAAUAAGAAGCUGGAGAAUGUUUAGUUUGCAAAGUAGAGAGAGCUGUGAGGAAAUGAGCAGCUUUCUCUUUUGGUUUUGUUGGCUAGUAGCAGGAAUUACUGUAAAUAGGAUAUAGAUUAACUGUCCAAUAUGCUUAAGAAUAUGGAUGAAUGAACUGGGAGUUUCCAUGAAUCUGGAAACCCAGCAGCCAUGUUCCUUCUGUUAUAGCUCCCUUUAGUAAUUUUUAAGAGUGAGGUAUUUUGAACGGUGACUUUUUAAUAUUCUAAUGCUGCAAGAGCCCGUUUUUCUGGCCUCUCUCUGGUUUGAGAGGCUCUCAUGGCUAAGCCUGCAAAUCUUGUUGGUGUAAAUAGUCUUUAAAAAUUUGUGCCCCAUCUGAAGCAGGACAGAACUGCAGCUGAAUAAAAUACGGAGUGCUGGGCCCUCUGUUUUGCGCUUUAAGAAAAGCAGUGAUUGUCUUUAAUCUACUGUAAACCAAACCAUUAAGCUCUUUGUAGGAUUUCUAUUUAAAUACCUUCCUCCAUGUAUUUAAAUAUACUUUUUCCAUGUAUUUAAAUACACUUCCUAUGUUUCGUGUUCCUGGGUUUUCAGUAGUUACUCUCCAUCCAGCAUGUGACACACCUACAGCUGAGGGACUAAACCUGGCCCUUGGAUGCUGAUGUCUGCCUCCCACUGGAUUUGGUGGAGUUUUGCCUGUCAGCCUAGGGAUGGCAUUUGGUCACUUGGAUGUUCAGCAUGGAUCUGUGGUGUGUCUGUAACGAUGGUAGUUGUUUGUACAACAAGAAGGAAAAUGGAUCCCUGUGUCUAUGUAGAAUAGAGACAACUUUGCACUUUAGAAAUUUCUUGUCUUGCAAAUUUGGUACAAUACAAUAUGCUUGUAAAUAGUC